CAUGCAUUGGGUAGAGCAGCACAGAUCUACUACAGAGAGAAAGAGAGAUGGCAGUGGCUUUUGUCACAGUACUGAGCAUCCUGGUGGUUGCCUUGUUGGCGGUACCAGGCCGGCUGAACUCCGGCCAGGUGAUGGCGUGGGACUGCGAAAAGGAGAAAGAUGAGUUGAAAGCUGUCUGCGGCAAGUACGUCCUGAAUCACAACCCACUUCCUGGGCCGCCGUGUCCAAGUUGCUGCAACAAAGUUAUGGCUUCUGAUAUUGCUUGUGCCUGCCGAGCUCUCACUCCUGCGGACUUGAAGAUAUACAAUAUAACAUUGGCUCUCUGCGUCGACCGCAAGUGUGGCUAUCCCUUUCCCGCCGGCUUCAAGUGCGCUGGAUACAUCCUGCCCGAAACUUGUUGAUGGCGAAGGAGCUUCGUUUAUGAAUGACGUGGGUGCCUGCUCUUGUGUCGAAUGAAGCAUGUGUAGUAGUCGUGUUCCUUUUGUUCCGUGAUCUAUCAGAUAUUCUACUUCUGUCUAUUAUCUAAUGAUAUUGUACUGUCUAUUAUCUAAUGAAUAAAGCAAUGAGCAUGGCUGUUUGUGUGCA